GAAAAAAAACAUGAUCAAGUGUCGAUAUCCUUAUCAAAAUAAUAGAUUUUACUAGUAGGAGUAUAAAUUUAAAAAAAUUAGUGUAAAAUUCACAUUUUAGUUUAAACGGCUCAAAAAGUUGUAAAUAAAUACUAAAAAUGAUCCGUUCCAGGAUAUUUCGAACAGUAUUUCUGCUGCUGACAUUUACAUGCCUUUCGUACUCAUCCUACUACCCCAACUUUAAUUUAAUUAACGAAGAGCCUUUAAACAUCGUCAGCGAGAACUUUUUAAGCGUAGCCUUAGAUUGUAGCAAUAUUGAAGGGAGGUUUUCGGAUUUUAAUUUAAGUGAUCCUUAUUUAACCUCGCUCGUAAAGCAUCUUUCCCCUAUGUACUUUAGAGUAGGUGGUACUUAUGCUGACCGAAUUGUAUUUUCUGAUGAUGUCAGUUCAUUUGGAAAAGUCGGAUUGGCUGAUAUAACUUUCUUAGCGUCUGACUAUUUGAAGCUUUACCAAUUUACUCAAAACGCAGAGGUUCAGCUAAUAUACGACCUUAACUCUUUAUUGAGAAACGAGGAUGGAACAUGGAACUCCUCAAACGCAGCUGAAAUGAUUAAGUUUUCUAGUGAUCAUCAGAUGAACGUCGUUUGGGAACUGGGAAAUGAACCGGACCUUUAUAAGAGUAUUUAUAAAACACACGUUGAUGCAACGCAACUGGCAAAAGACUACAAGAUCUUAAGGAACAUGUUAAACCAAUACGAAAUAUAUAAUUCAAGCUAUUUGGUGGGAAUUGAUAUGUUUGAUGUUGGCGGUAGUCAAGCAAAUCAAGAGUAUUUAAGUAAUUUUUUGAGUGGGGCUUCUGAUGUUGUCCAUGCUGUCACGUGGCAUCAGUAUUAUUUUCCUGGUAAAUCAGCUACUGAGGAAUUAUUUUUGAGCCCAAGCACUUAUAACUAUUUGGAACAAAGGAUAGGAGUUGUUAAGAAUGUUGUCAGCAAAUCAGGAUCGGGAAAUAAAAUAUGGCUAGGAGAGACAUCCUCAGCUUAUAAUGGAGGAGCUAAGGGCAUGUCAGAUAAAUUUAUAGCCACGUUUUUAUGGUUGGAUAAAUUGGGCCUGGGUGCCAAAUUGGGUCUUGAUGUCAUUAUUAGACAAACUAUAUUUCAUGAUAAUUAUGCUUUGAUUGACAAUAAUUAUGUUCCCAACCCGGACUGGUGGGUAAGCGUUUUGUACAAGCAAUUGGUAAGUUCAACUGUAUUAUCACUAACAUCUAGCGAGAAUUCUGAGAGUCCGGUAAGGAUGUACGCGCAUUGCGCCAAAAAAACUGAUCUGUGGGACACUUCUGCGGUUGUACUUUUUGGGCUGAAUGUAAACGGCACGUCUAAUUCAAUCUUCACCUGGUCUGGAUUUGAAUACGAUAAAACAAAUGUCUAUUCAUAUGAAUUGACUUUUGAUGGGUCACUUUAUUCUCAGAAUAUCAAGUUGAACGACCAAGUUCUGUCAGUUUCACCUAAUGGAGAUCUCCCAGAUUUAACACCCAAAGUAAAUGAGGACCUGGAAAACUAUUUGAUGCCGCCUCAGUCCUUAAUAUUUUUAGUGUUUACUAAAACAGAUAUAGACGCUUGUAUAUAAGUGUAAGAGUUUAAUAAAUAUAUAAAAUAGAAA